AUGAACACCACCCUUCCUUCCUGGAAGGAUCGGACGCAAAACCAGUUCGGCAAGCUUCAGAUUCAGGUCCCAUGGCGCUCCAUUCAGCUCCUGGUGCCGCAUCGCAUGCGACGGAAGAUUCGGUCCAAGUUGCGGAGUAGGAUUUCGCCCACCUCGUCGAUAUCCUCUCUGCAGACGUCCUUCUCGCCCGUCGACACGCUCAGGUCGCUACAAAGUCAUCGUUGGACCCUCUACGACUUCCAAUACUUGCUGCUGUUGAUUGUUGGAAUUUUCUCGUUGACUGUCAUCGAAGCGCCGGGGCCUCUGGCGAAAACGGCUGCUUUUACUAUGCUCCUGUUCUCGCUCCUGCUCCCUAUCACUCGCCAAUUCUUCCUGCCCUUUCUGCCGAUUGCCGGCUGGCUUCUGUUCUUCUACGCUUGCCAGUUCAUUCCCAGCGAUUGGCGCCCUGCAAUCUGGGUCCGCGUGCUUCCGGCCUUGGAGAAUAUUCUGUAUGGUGCCAACAUCAGUAAUAUUCUGUCUGCCCACCAGAACGUCGUGCUGGACGUGUUGGCGUGGCUUCCCUACGGAAUCUGCCACUACGGCGCUCCCUUUGUCUGCUCGCUCAUCAUGUUCGUCUUCGGACCUCCCGGAACGACCCCUCUUUUCGCUCGGACUUUUGGGUACAUCAGCAUGCUUGCUGUCACGAUUCAACUGGCCUUCCCUUGCUCGCCCCCGUGGUAUGAGAAUUUGUAUGGCUUGGCUCCUGCCGAUUACUCCAUGCAGGGUAACCCGGCGGGUCUUGCCCGGAUUGACAAGCUCUUCGGCAUCGACCUGUAUACCUCCGGUUUCAAGCAGUCGCCCGUCGUGUUUGGCGCGUUCCCGUCUCUGCACGCUGCUGAUUCGACACUGGCUGCCCUGUUCAUGAGCCAUGUCUUCCCGCGACUGAAGCCUCUUUUCGUGACCUACACUCUGUGGAUGUGGUGGGCCACGAUGUAUCUUUCUCACCACUACGCGGUUGACCUGGUCGCCGGUGGUCUCAUCGCCACCAUCGCGUUCUACUUCGCCAAGACUCGUUUCCUCCCCCGCGUUCAGAGCGACAAGAUGUUCCGUUGGGAUUACGACUAUGUCGAAUACGGCGACUAUACCCGGGAGUACGGAUAUGACUUGGCCGACGGCGAAUACAACCUCGACAGCGAUGAGUGGACGGUCGGCUCUUCGUCGUCGAUCUCGUCCGGCUCCUUGAGCCCCAUUGACGACCAUUAUACUUGGGAAGGCGAGACUCUGGCCUCGCCUGCGUCUGAUAUCGAAUCCGGAAGACACGUCAUCAGCCCGUGA